AUGGCCCACUGCUUGGGGCCUACACUAUUGCUGCUGCUGCUGCUGCUGCUGCUGGGCUCGGCUAGCUGGGCCGCGGGGAACCGAUGCGUGGACGCGGCCGAGGCCUGCACGGCGGACUCGCGCUGCCAGCAGCUCCGCGCUCAGUACGUGGCGCAGUGCCUGGGCCGCGCCGCGGAGGGCGGCUGUCCCCGCAGCCGCUGCCGCCGCGCCCUACGCCUCUUCUUCGCCCGUGGGCCGCCGGCGCACACCCUGGCUCUGCUCUUCUGCCCGUGCGCGAGCCCGACGUGCGCCGAACGCCGGCGUCAGACCUUCGUGCCCACGUGCGCCUUCUCCAGGCCCGGUGCGGCCCCGCCCUCCUGCCUCGAGCCCCGCGACGCCUGCGAGCGCAGCCGUGUCUGCAGGCCUCGCCUCCUCGCCUUCCAGGCCUCCUGCGUCCCCGCCCCCGGAGCCCCCGAUGGCUGUCUGCGUGGCCAAGGGGCCCGCUGCCUGCGUGCCUAUGCCGGCCUAGUGGGCACUGCCGUGACCCCCAACUACGUGGACAAUUCGAGUGCCCGAGUGGCACCCUGGUGCGACUGUGGCGCCAGCGGAAACCGACGUGAGGACUGCGAAGCCUUCCGGGGGCUGUUCACAAGGAACCCCUGCCUCGAUGGGGCCAUCCGGGCUUUUGAUAGAAUGUGGUCUCCAGUGCUGCAGAGGAAGCUGGACUCCCACCAGGAUCCCAAGCCCAGCUUCAUGCAGAUCCUCAAAUUUGAGCACCUGUGUUCAGAGAGCCAUCCAAAUGAAGUCAAGCUGGAGAAUCCCAGCUUGGGGAGUAGGAAAGUGCAGGAGAUCAUUGCUUAA